AUGGGUGGUGUCGUUAGGGGAGCUUCCGGGACUUUGUCGUUUGGUUUUAUGGAGGGAAAGGUUGGAGGCAGCCCUAUGUUUGCUGAGAUUUUGGCGCUGAAGGCAAGUCUUACGCUUCUGUGGGAUAUGGGUUUGAGAGAUGUUAUUUGCGAAGCUAAUUGCUUGGAGAUUGUUACUGUCAUUCAUCAUCAGCGGGGGAAGUUCCAUGAGUUCGCCUCUGACUUCCAGGAAGUCCAGCAGUUUCUAAUGAGGGAUUGGAGAAUCCAGCUUCUUCAUAUUUCUCGGGAUGCUAAUAUGGUUGCGGAUUGCCUUGCGCACUUGGGAUCGGAUAGUCAAUGUAUGUUCACUCUGCUGGAGGAUCCUCCUUCCCAGCUUAAUCUCAUCUUGGCUAGGGAUUUGUUAGCCUUGUAG